GUGGAACUUUUCUCGUUGAAGAUCCAUAUGAAGUCGGCUUGAACUGACACGUAUAUAAGUCGUGUAGUCUCGGACGACUCUUCAGUCGACGAAUAUCGAAAUCCUCCUGGAGACAUCGAGACCAUCAUAAUCAGUACGGAUCUUUAAGACCUCGAGACGCCCCCCGCUCUAGAAACCCCGCAGAGUUGCAAUCCCUUUCGGGCCACAGCAUCCUCGCCAUGGCCGCUGAAGACUAUAAGUUCGAGGGCUGGCUGGGCAAGGACUUUUCCUGCGUCGACGGAAAGAUGGUGUGGGAAGAAUUCGAGCCCAAGCCAUGGGAGGAGACGAACGUGGACAUUCGCAUCACGCAUAGCGGCAUUUGUGGUAGCGACCUUCACACGCUAAGAUCGGGCUGGGGUCCCGCUCCCUACCCGGUCUGCGUCGGACAUGAGAUCGUCGGUGUGGCCGUCCGCGUGGGUUCGGAAGCGUCGGGCGACAUCAGAGUGGGCGACAGGGUGGGCGUGGGCGCCCAGUCAGACGCCUGCUUCGGCCGCAAUGCCCCCGAUGGCAACUGCGACGCCUGCAGCGAGGGCAGCGUGACGUACUGCCCGCGCAUCGUCACCACGUAUGCCUCCACCCACUUCAACGGCGCCAAAAGCAUGGGCGGCUACGCCACGUACCAUCGCUGCCCGUCCAAGUUCGUGGUCAAGGUCCCUGACGGCCUGUCCUCGGCCGCGGCGGCGCCCAUGCUCUACGGCGGCGUGACGGUCUACUCGCCCCUGCGCUUCCACGGCGCCGGUCCGGGCAAGACGGUGGGCAUCGUCGGUGUCGGCGGCCUGGGCCACUUCGGCGUGCUCUUCGCCAAGGCCCUGGGCGCCGACAAGGUCGUGGGCAUCUCGCGCAAGGCCGAAAAGAAACAAGAGGUGCUCGACAUGGGCGCCGACGAGUACAUCGCCACCGACGACGACAAGGACUGGGAGAAGACGCACGCCAACUCGAUCGACAUCAUCAUCUCCACCGUGUCGUCCUCCAAGGUCCCGCUGCAGGGCUAUUUCCGCCUGCUCAGGCGGGACGGCGCCUUCGUCCAGGUCGGAUGCCCUGAUAUCAGCGACCCGUACUCCUUCCACCCGGGCCAGCUCAUCUUCAAGCGUAUCAAGUUCACCGGCUCGCACAUCGGCACCCCUGAUGAGAUUCGCGAGAUGUACGAGCUGGCCGCUAGCAAAAGCUUCAAGCCUUGGAUCCAGGAGAGGCCCAUGGGCGACGCGAACCAAGCCAUUGUUGAUGUCGAGGCUGGAAAGCCCCGGUACCGCUAUGUGUUGGUUAACUAG